AUGAGCCCCCGCAUGGCCGCCAGGCGCGCGCGGGCACCAGCUUCUCGGGGCUCAGGGUGCCCUCAGCCACUGCGCCGCGUCCUGCCUCAGGCUGCGUGCAGGCCGCAGGUGGGAGCUGAGGGAGCCGCGGUUCCCGCCCUCGGGACUCCGAGAGCCGCGGUGGCAGGCCGCUCAGCCCUCGCCACUUCAGUCUCUCCAUCGCUGUCGUUUCCUGAGCCCCAGGUGGACACGAGCCCUGGCGGUCACUCUGAGCCGGUCUGCAGGUUGGAAACGGCGGUGACCUGCCCCUCUGCUGGGUUAGGAGCGGGGCCCAGGGUGGACGUCACCCCCGGGGACCCGGCCUGCACCCACGUCUCCCCUUCUUUGGAGCGGGGCUGGGGCUGA